CAUGCGCUUCUGGGCUGGCCAAUCGCCUUGUGAUUCCCAUCAGCAGCGUUUAGUGAACCUCUACCCUUUUCUUGGUUGAGGGCGGAAGCGAGGGCUGCGUAGUGCCGGCAGCUCUCGCAGAUUCUCCGAAACCCACGUGGGAGCGGCGCCCAGGAUGUUGCGCCGUGAGGCGCGCCUUCGCCGCGAGUACCUCUACCGCAAGGCCCGCGAGGAGGCCCAGCGCGCCGCCUACGAGAGGAAGGAGAAGGUGCGGCGCGCGCUCGAAGAGAACCGCCUGAUCCCCACGGAGUUACGUAGGGAGGCUUUGGCCUUACAUGGUUCCCUGGAGUUUGACGACGCUGGUGGUGAAGGUGUGACCAAUCAUGUGGAUGAUGAAUAUCGAUGGGCAGGGGUUGAGGAUCCCAAGGUCAUGAUCACGACUUCCCGAGACCCCAGUUCACGCCUCAAGAUGUUUGCAAAGGAGCUGAAGUUGGUGUUUCCCGGUGCCCAGCGUAUAAACCGUGGCCGACAUGAGGUGGGGGCACUGGUGCGAGCCUGCAAAGCUAAUGGUGUCACCGACCUGAUAGUUAUCCAUGAGCAUCGUGGCACACCUGUGGGGUUCAUUGUCAGUCACCUGCCCUUUGGCCCCACUGCUUACUUCACACUAUGCAAUGUGCUUAUGCGGCAUGACAUCCCUGACCUGGGCACCGUGUCAGAGGCCAAACCUCACCUCAUCAUUCAUGGCUUCUCCUCCCGUCUGGGCAAGCGGGUGUCUGACAUACUUCGUUACCUGUUCCCUGUGCCCAAAGAAGACAGCCAUCGGGUCAUCACCUUUGCAAACCAGAAUGACUACAUCUCUUUCCGACACCAUGUGUACAGGAAGACCAACCACCGCAAUGUGGAGCUGACCGAGGUUGGCCCUCGCUUUGAGCUCAAGUUAUAUAUGAUUCGCCUUGGCACGCUGGAACAGGAGGCCACAGCAGAUGUGGAGUGGCGUUGGCAUCCUUACACCAACACUGCACACAAGAGGGUCUUUCUAAGUGCUGAGUGAGCCCAUUCUGUUGUCAGGAUAUGGGCUUGGACCCCGGAGGUGGGGGCGGUCAGAAUAAAGUCUGUGUGCCACACCA